AUGCAGACACUUGGUACAGGUGAAGGUGUAAAAGGUAUAUAUGUAUCAAUAGAUGUUGAUUCUCUUGAUCCAGGCUAUGCUCCAGGUGUGUCUCACAUUGAAUCAGGAGGCCUUUCUUUUAGAGAUGUUCUAAACAUUCUUCAGAAUCUGAAAGGCAAUAUUGUUGGUGGAGAUGUUGUUGAAUACAAUCCACUACGUGAUGUUUCUAAUAGAAUGACGGCACUUGUUACUGCUAAGUUGGUUCGAGAGUUGGCUGCAAAGAUGUCCAAAUGA